AUGUCCUUGGAAGAAAUACUUGCCAGAAUACACGAAAAGUUGUAUGGUAAAGAACAUUUUGGUAGCAACAAUGGUUGUCAAACUAAAUCUACUUCAGCUGUAAGCAUGUUGAUUCAUGGUUCUGGCAGUGACCAGUGGGAAGAGCUCUCUCUAGGUACAAAUGCAGGAGUGAAGAUGAAUUCAGAUGGAUCCCUCUCGAAGAUGAUGCAGAGAUGGAAAGAGUACCAGCUUCAGUGCCUGAAGUAUUUAUACGAGGCUCCCCCCGUUGUGGCAGAAGGCAAGUUUUGCAAUAGAACCUUUGACAACUAUGCCUGCUGGCCUGAUGGGCUGCCUGGGACCUUUGUGAAUGUGAGCUGCCCUUGGUAUCUCCCUUGGGCCAGCACAGUGCUUCAAAGACAGGCUUACCGCUUCUGUACUAGUGAGGGCACUUGGUUGUUGAAGGAGAAUUCGACCCUGCCCUGGAGGAACCUUUCUGAAUGUGAGGCAGCUGACAGGGAUGCGCCAGAGGAACAGCUUCUAUACCUGUCAGUCAUAUACACUACUGGAUAUGCUCUUUCCUUCUCUGCCCUUGUAAUAGCAACUGCUAUUCUUCUUGGAUUCAGGCAUCUGCAUUGCACCAGGAAUUAUAUUCACCUGAACCUCUUCACCUCUUUUAUUCUGCGUGCUGUGUCUGUCUUCAUUAAGGACUCUGUGUUGAAAUGGAUGUAUAAGACAGCCACUCAAGAGCACCAGUGGGAAGGCCUUAUCUCUUACCAGGAGUCACUCAGUUGCCGCCUGGUCUUUGUGAUGAUGCAGUAUUUUGUGGCUGCAAACUACUACUGGCUGUUGGUGGAAGGCAUGUACCUGUAUACGCUCCUGGUUCUUUCGGUUUUUUCUGAGCAACGAAUCUUUCGGCUUUUCCUCUGCAUUGGCUGGGGUGUGCCAAUGCUGUUUGUUAUCCUCUGGGGAACUGUCAAGUACCUUUAUGAAGAUGAGGGUUGUUGGAGCAGAAAUUAUAACAUGAAUUACUGGCUGAUCAUCAGACUGCCCAUUCUGAUUGCUAUUGCGGUGAAUUUCCUGAUCUUUAUCAGAGUUAUAUGCAUUAUCAUUUCCAAACUGCAAGCAAAUUUGAUGUGCAAAACUGACACAAAAUGCCGAUUGGCCAAGUCUACACUGACCCUGAUCCCACUGCUGGGGACCCACGAGGUCAUCUUUGCAUUUGUCACAGAUGAGCAUGCCAGAGGGAUGCUGCGCUUUGUGAAGCUCUUUACUGAACUCUCCUUCGCCUCCUUUCAGGGGCUGAUGGUUGCUAUUCUCUACUGUUUCAUCAAUAACGAGGUUCAGAUGGAGUUUCGGAAGAGCUGGGAGCGCUGGAGACUGGAACACUUUUAUGUCCAGAGAGACAGCAGUAUGAAACCACUGAAGUGCCCAGGCAACAGCAUCAGUAGUGGAGGCACAGUGGGCAGCAGUGUCUAUACUGCGACUUGCCAAGCCACAUUCAGUUAAGAUUACUACAGGCAAAAAUGCAAAUGAAUCAGAUCAGCCUGAAAGAAGUGUAAGACGCACCUGAAAACUCUUAAAUGUCCAGGCAAGCAGCUUUUUUAUGUCUUCUGGAGCCAGCAACUUAAGCAAGCAUGUGUUGCUUAUUGCUUCAGGCGGCUGGACAAAGGUUUCUAGGGAAAGCAAUCUGCUAAUGUAAUCAACGCAUCAGAGGAAAAAUUGAUCAUGUCUAAAGUAAGUUUAAAGAGUUUCUUCCUAUUAACACACAAGGCCUCCAGGUGUCCAAAACUUUAGUGCUCCAUUGAUCUGGUCACAAACCAUAGGGUCAAUGGCUUGUUACUGUAGGUGGGUGAGCUGAAUGAUCUGCUGAUUCAAUUACAAAAAUACAGAACAUGACUAUUGACAAAAAAAUAUGUUUAGGUUUCUACUAGGAAAGGAUGAGAUGCUCAUCAUUUUUAGGAAGAAGUACUUGUAAAGCAUGAACAUAUUUCUCUCUGGUACGAUCACUUGAUUUAAAUAAUAUUCUUAUAGCAAAAGCAUCCAAAAUUUAUGGUUGGAGAUUGUGCAGCUACUUAACGAGUAGAGGCAUUGAAAGCCUAGUUUGCUAUAACUGGGAUGGGUAAUGGGCUGCCUCUCUAGCACAUUUCUGAAUUUGAGUCACUUUAAGAAUCAUCAUCUGUAUAGAGUAGGGACCUAUUCUGUUAAUGUGUCCUUUCCAUUAACACUGAUGGGGUUAGAACUGCAUGCAUAACCCUUAGCUUUUACAUAGCACUUAGCAUCUUCAAAUAGGUGUACAAAUAUUAACUUAUGGAUAGAAGUAAUGAGUUGUGCCUCCACACAAGUGGCUGACAAUGGAUAACCUUUUUUGUGGAAGGUAUGCUUUGCGUCCUGUGGGUAUACACAUGCAUCCAUCAUCUUGUGGCCACUACACUUUACUAAACUUCAUUUUGAAAUCAUGGGAGCCCCAGCAGUUUGUAGUGUAUUUUCAUUUUUCUUGUCUCUAAUCUUGCUGGUUUUCUCUGCCAGGCAGAAACUAAGGUUUACUGAGUAUAUUCAGCACAGAGGACAGCUCCCUGACCUCUUUUUCUGCUUGUGUUACUCACUGUAAUGCUGUGAACUUUAGAAUCUCAGCACUUAAAAUUCUGCAAGCCAAAAUUAACUAGUAAAACUUUAUGUAAAUGCAAAAGCUUUUUUUCCUACAGUGGGUGAAGUCAGUUGAGAGGCCCCUUCAAGGUGCUAAUUGUCCUUAAUUCCUACUAAAUUCCAGUGGUGUUGAAGAUUUGAGAAAAACAGUAAGAGCUAUAUAUGCAACAGGAACUCAAGACUGCGGGCCCAGUAUUGCAACCCUAUUUUUUAGGUACCCUGCCACAUAGUUGAAUUGACAAAAGCUAGGAUGCUGUGUAGGGGUUCAUAGUUGGGUGCCUAAUUCCAAGUGAGUGCCCAUGGCUACACUACUCUUCUUGCAAAAACAUGGAAAGAGAGAUGUCAGCACCACAACUUUACAUAACUCACUUCAGAUGUAGAAGACCUAGGUUCAAAUUCUGCCUUGGCCAAAGUGCUCAUGAACCUACUCAUGCCCUAACCACUGGACUAGAAGAUAUUUUGGGUGGGGCUUUCUGUCUGUCCUGUUGAAGUUGUUUCACAUGUUCUCCUGGGCCAUAAAAUAUCCCAUGUCAGAAUGCUUUCAAGAUGGGUGGAUAGGGAAAUCACUUGGGAAGUGAAAGACCCAAGUUCAUGUUUUCUCAUAGGGCAGGGGAGGGCAUUCUAUGUUGACUGUAUAUGGAGCUUGCACACCUAACUCGGUAUCUCAAAGUUAGGUACUUCAAUGCAGUACUUUAACUUUUCUCUGAAUCUAGCCCUUGACCUCAAUGUGAUCUUGUGACCGUGAGUUCCAGGGGCUACUUAUUCACUGUAUGUAAAACAAAAAAUAGACUUUCAGCUUAAAUGUGUUGCUUUUCAAUCUCAUUGAAUGUGCCUUUCAUCCCUCAUUGCAAGAAAAGUUAAGUUUAAAUCUCUUCUAAACACCUCUGCCCUCUGCACACCUCUGCCCUCUCUUUUUUGUUUCCUUUCAAAACAAAAGCAGGUUCCAGGCUCUCUUUCAAAGGGAAUUUUCCAUGCCUUAGUUUUUACCAGUCAAAUCUGAAUUCUUGAAGGCUAGCAAAGACUGAGGAACUUCAGAGAAACUUAAUAAAAGUACUAACUAAAGCUGCAACAUGUGCUUUUAGUGCUUGGGUGAGCAAGAAAGGAUUCCUGGAGUAGGGUCAAAGCUAGGUGAAUAGACAGCAUGAUUGUAGACAGAAUUCACAACUGACAAAUGCAAGAUGUGUGUUGGAAGCAUUUUUACUUGUGCAUAUUACUGGGUUCUAAAUUAAUGGUAACUUCUGAAGCAAGUAUUAUGGUGGUGCUACACUGCUUGUUUUUUUGUUUGGGUUUUUUAAGUUUGGGAUGAUCAGGAAAUGGGAUUGAAAAAUUGUAAUGAUGUUAUGUCACUAUUUAAGGUCAUGGAGAGAUGUUACAUUUGCAGCCCUACAAGUGCCACUGCACUUGGAAGCACUACAAAAGUAGUACUACAGAUGUGAAGACACACAAGGCACUCCUGCUGAGCUCCCAGCCUGGAGCACAUGGAUGAGAAGGCAUGCAGUACCAUGCUGUCCAUUCAGGGAGUGUGAUAUAGGGAUGCUCAGCCCUGUGACUUUUCUCAGGCUUCCCCACCCAUUGUAGAGGAAAAACUCAGUGAAUGUGCAGUAGUCUGGUCCCCCAAUACUGCAGCUCUGCUUUCUAAGGGGGCAUGACGGACCACAGGCUGUUGGUGGUCAUGUGGCCGCCCCAGAUCCAGUCUUGUAGCUCAGUGAUUCUCAACCAGGGUACUUUGAGCUCCUUUAAAUGUGCAAGCAAGGUGAUACUCAAUAUUAGGAUUCUUAGGUGUGCAAACAUGAUUCACAAGAUUUCAAAGAUUUCAUAGACAUUU